AUGAAAGAUCAAGAGAAAGGGCCAAUGGAUCCUCAAAACUCUGCUACCGAAUUAAGAGCGCUUAUUGUAGAUGAUGAUAAGCUUGUUAGAAUGAUUCAUCAAGGUCUACUGAAAAGAGCUGGUGUGAAAAAUGAAGCGGUAAAGAAUGGUAAAGAAGCUAUAGAUAUUCAUUGUAGUGGUCAAAGUUUUGACAUUAUUCUUAUGGAUAGGGAUAUGCCUAUCAUGAAUGGGAUUGAGGCAACCAAGAAACUGCGAUCAAUGGGUAUUGAAAGCAUGAUUGUCGGUGCGUCAUCAUGCUACAGAGAAGCAGAAAAACAAGAGUUUAUUGAGGCAGGGCUAAACGACUUUCAAGUGAAACCAUUGACCCUUGACGUGCUUAAGUCAAUUCUUGACGUUGUAAAAGCUAGAAAGUAG